UUUGUACGUUUUGCUUUGGGAGAAUAAUAAUAAAUUUAUGCUUUCGGCGCGGAGCGGCGUGUUUGAACUGUUUGAAUUCUCGUGAAUCUAGAGGAGGCACGCCGCGCGCCACUGGCUUAUCGUGUUUCCUGCCUUCUCGUAGCACAUUUUAUUUAAAUUAUUAUAAUUAUAUAUUCUUAGAACUGUAGCUAGUGUUAAUCCUGUUGUAGAAAUACGUGGAUUCAAGAAUCGGAUUGCUCAAAUAAUAUACCUAAAGAAACAUGGGUAAAGACGAGAAAGAAGACUCCGGCUUCGGCUUCAAGGACAAGGCGAAGGCAGAAGAGACCCUGAAGCUUCUAGAACAGCAUGACCCUAAUUACCGGCGGCUCACUGUACGUGGACUGCUGGGCCGAGCGAAGAGGGUACUUUCCUUGACAAAAGCUGAAGAUAAAAUAAAAAACAUAAAAGAAGCAAUGGAGGUGUUCGAGAACUGGCUAGCGGAGCUGGACGCGGGCAAGGAGAAGAAACCGGAUAAGAAGAAGGAAGAUAAGAAGGUUGAGAAGAAAGAAGAUAAAGAUUCAAGCUCAGACGUGGAAAUGGAGGACAAAGAAGAGAAGAAGCUGCCAGCAGACAAGGUCCCCGGGCUGGGCUUCAAGGACGCGGAGGCGGCGGAGGGGACUCUGAAGGCUCUUGAGGGCCGCGACCCCGACUACCAGCAGCUAGCCGUCAAGGGGCUGCUCGGGAGCGCCAAGAGGGUGCUUACUUGCACUCGGGACGAAACUAAGCUCGCUAACAUCAAGGAAGCCAUGUCGAUCCUGGAGAAGUUCCUGGACGACUUCGACACCAACCACCUGAGCAAGCAGAACAACGCGUAUCUGAGUCUGGGCAUUGUGAGAACUGCGGAGAAGUCUGCUGGUGAUGCCGUUACUGAGCAGCAGAGAGCCUUCAUAGCAGCUUACAGCUCCGUGAACGGGGAGUACAAGCGCCUGCGCACCGUUGAGGAGAAGGAAGGUGGCAAGACCUGGGACAUCGUGAGGAACACCGCGCUCAAGGAGCUGAAGGAGAAGCACGCCAAUGCAAAACUUUUCAACGACAAAGACGAACCUACCGCCGAACACCUGGAACUCCUGCUGUGGGCCUACUCACCUGAAGCCGCCAAGGUCAAGAAGGUCGUGCCAGAGACUAAAGAGUCCAAACAGGACCGGAAGAGGAAGAGCAGCGGCGGUGACGAAACGCCCAGUAAAAAGAAAAAAGAGUAACGGCAAGGUUUUUGAGUUAAAAAAUGUAAAUUUAAUUUUUUGUAACGGGAAUCAAUUUAAUAAAGUAGCGUUACCUAUUUAAGUGAUGGAUGAAAAUUUACUGGUAUACUGUCAUGAACAUAGGAACAACAUUUGUAAAGUCCGUCUAAGUUAACUUAGCAUCAAUUAAAAUUGAACAAAGUGAGGUAGGUACUUAUGUCAUUAAAAACGUCAUAUUUUCGUAGAAAUUUGACAUGAUUACAUUGCAAAUUUAAUUUUAUAAUGUAAAAUGUUAAAUAUCAAGUACCUACGCAAUAUUUUGUGAGGCAUUUACCUAUUACUAGCAUUAAAAUGGUUUUCAAGAGCAUUUACACCGUAUUUUACGAAUCAUUGAAUAAAAAGUGUUAACAUUG